UCGAAAAGUUUCCCGCCGAAACUGACGAUUUCGGCGGCGUGAUACGGCGUGACACUUUUGUUGAUUUACUUUCGUUCGCUUAUUAUAUUAUAACCCUCUUUAAAUAAGUGUUUUGAAUAAGUGGCUGGUGCUGGUAUUGCCGGUAAAUAAGUAGCUCACGCAAAAUGGAGGGUUUCGACGAUCCAGGAGUAUUCUUUUCUGACAAUUUCGCGGUGGAGAACGAAGUUCACGAGAACCGCGUGAAUCUUCAACACUCGAAAAAGAAAUUCAAAGAGUUCAUCCGACAGUUUCACGAGGGUAACUUCAACUACAAAUAUCGGGACACCUUAAAGCGCAAUUACAAUCUCCGUCAAUACUGGAUGGAGAUCAAUCUCGAGGAUUUAGCAGCUUUCGACGAGUCCCUCGCGGAGAAAAUCCAAAAGCUUCCAACAGAGUACUUAUCCGUUUUAGAGGAAGCUGCAAAGGAUGUUGCUGACGAGCUAACAGCACCUCGACCUGAAGGCGAGGAAAAGAUGGAAGACAUUCAGGUCUUGUUAUGUUCAGAUGCUCAUCCGAGCUCCCUGAGGGGAAUGAAGCCAGAUAUUGUUUCAAAGCUCAUAAAAAUUCCUGGUAUAAUUGUUUCUGCAUCUGGCAUUAGAUCAAAAGCGACAAAGAUAGCAAUACAGUGCCGUUCUUGCAAGGUCACUCAAGUCAAUAUUCCUAUCAAGCCUGGUCUAGAAGGAUAUACGCUACCCAGAAAAUGCUCCACGGAACAAGCUGGUGUAGGACCAAAGUGUCCCCUGGAUCCUUUCUUUAUAAUGCCGGAUAAAUGCCACUGUGUAGACUUUCAAGUGUUAAAGCUUCAGGAGUUGCCGGAUCAUAUACCGCAGGGUGAAAUGCCCAGACAUUUGCAGUUAUAUUGCGAUCGGUAUUUAUGUGACAGAAUUGUACCUGGUAAUAGAGUUCUGAUUCUGGGAAUAUAUUCCAUUAAGAAAGUAUCUAAGACAGGUGGCAAAGGUACAGGCAAGGAAAAGACAUUAGUAGGCGUUCGAGCUCCAUAUAUUCGCGUUCUUGGUAUCUCUGUAGAUGGAGAAAAUACCAACAUAGGAACUCAGCCGCCCGUUACGUCUGAAGAGGAAGAUCUUUUUACCCGUUUAGCAGCAGAUCCUAAUCUGUACGAGAGAAUCGCGAAGAGUAUAGCUCCUAGUAUUUUUGGUGCAAUAGAUAUCAAAAAAGCUAUCGCGUGUUUACUGUUUGGUGGUUCGAGAAAAUUAAUGCCAGAUGGCUUGUGUAGGAGAGGUGAUAUUAAUAUUUUAAUGCUAGGUGAUCCGGGUACCGCUAAGUCGCAGUUGUUGAAAUUUGUAGAAAGAGUUGCUCCUAUAGCUGUUUAUACGUCGGGAAAAGGUAGUUCCGCAGCUGGUUUGACAGCGUCUGUAUCGAGAGAUCCAGCAACUAGAAAUUUCGUCAUGGAAGGUGGCGCGAUGGUUCUCGCGGAUGGUGGAGUUGUUUGCAUAGAUGAGUUCGACAAAAUGAAGGAGGAUGAUAGAGUGGCGAUACACGAAGCUAUGGAACAACAAACGAUCUCUAUAGCAAAAGCAGGAAUAACGACAACUCUGAAUACACGAUGUUCUGUGUUAGCAGCAGCGAAUUCAGUCUUCGGCCGCUGGGAUGAUAUAAAAGGAGAAGAGAAUAUAGAUUUUAUGCCGACAAUAUUGUCACGUUUCGAUAUGAUAUUUAUUGUUAAAGAUGAGCAUGAACACAACAGGGAUAUAACAUUAGCUAAACACGUUAUGAACAUUCACUGUAAUGCUGGCCAGAUCACAGAACAAUCGGUAGAGGGAGAAAUUCCUGUACACAUUCUCAAAAAGUAUAUAAACUAUUGCAGAACACGUUGUGGCCCAAGACUCAGUUCAGAGGCAGGGGACAAAUUAAAAAAUCGUUACGUUAUGAUGCGAGCUGGUACAAGAGAACAUGAGAAAGAUGCUGAAAAAAGAUUAUCGAUACCUAUAACAGUCCGGCAGCUUGAAGCUAUUAUACGAAUUUCCGAAGCCUUGGCCAAAAUGCAGUUACAACCCUUUGCUACUGAACUCCAUAUUAAUGAAGCUUUAAGGCUCUUUCAUGUAUCUACAUUGGAAGCUGCAAUGUCUGGUUCAUUAGCAGGAGCAGAAGGAUUUACCUCGGAAGAGGAUCAUGAAAUAUUGACCCGCAUUGAAAAACAAUUGAAGAGUAGAUUUCCUAUUGGACAUCAAGUAUCUGAACAAAAUAUUGUGAAAGAUUUUCUUAAGCAGUCAUUUCCAGAACGCGCUAUUUACAAAGUUAUACAUACGAUGAUACGCCGCGGUGAACUUCAGCAUCGUUUGCAACGUAAAAUGUUAUACAGACUGCAUUGAAAAAUAACAGAAACUUCUG